CCGCAUGUCACGAGCCAACAAGAAGCUUCCAAAAUGUCAACUUACCUCGGAGAGUCCGAAGAGUUAAAAGAGCCUAGCAAAAUCUUGGGGUCGCGUCGCAUUCAACAUUCGGAUUUAUCGUAUUUAGAGCUCCUGAUAUGUCCGACGACUCAUGAAAUUUUCGGGAAUGUGAAAUUGGAACAACUCUACGAGACUUCCUGCCUCUCAGUGGUCCAACACAACGAGAGACGUGACGUCAUUUCGGGGAUAUGCCUCUGCAAUUACCCCAAUAUACCGUCCGUGUCGCCGGAUGAUUGGUUGACCUGGUUAAAAACAAUUUACGGGAUUCCCGCUGCCACGGAAAGGAACACAAUGUUCGUACAUUUGCUCGUAUGGGAUGAGCGUUACUCGAACGAGUUCCUUGGAGAGCUAUUGGCUGCGGUGUUCGACAACACUACCUAUUGCCAAUACAUGGUUCUCGUGAUACCUCCCCGAGUUGAAUCAGUACAUUUGAGCGUGUUCGAGCGAGAGAUGACUAAAGUCUUGGCCAAAACUGCCGUGCGAGACGUCGCGCUGCAAUUUCUCUAUCUGACUGAUCGACAUCGAUUACGUCCAAAGUUGAAAGUACGGAGAGUCGUAGAGGAGGAUAACGACGACGUGAUUGCGAUUGUCGACGGUGAGGGUACACAUUUAAAGGAGCUUUAUGGAGAGUAUUAUAUUAGUGAGAUGAUUCGUCAUCCAAGCAGUUGUCAUCAAUUGAUCAUCGGAGAGAAUACCAACGGCUCGGCAGUGGGUGUCAUGUGUCUCAAUGCUAUGAUCGACAUCGAUCUGCUUAACGAGAAUUUUGAGUUAACGCCAUACAAUGGUUUGAAAAAAUCGCGGGAAAAUGAUCUGCCCGUUUGUGCUGGACGUAACGAAACGAUGCAAUCUCGAUUCGUUCACCAAGUUUUUCCGACGCCGGAUAGCGAAAUAAAUGCCUUCAUUUUGGAGAUGUUUGCGACGCGCGAUGAAAUGAGGCCUCACUGGUCCCACGAUUUCUUGGAAGCUGCUUUCGAUUGCUUCCCGCAUUUAGAGUACUGCGCAACUCUUCUUCCUUUCUCACAUCCGUGCUAUCAAUUCCUUCAACAUUUUGUGCGCGUACCGUUGAGAUGUAAUAGAGAUUUCCCUAUGACGCUGUACGUUCUACACCGAACGGUUGUUUGCGAGGAGAUGACGUGUCGCCGUGCCCGAACACAAGACCGUGAAGCUAUAGAGAGACUCUUGUUCACUACAUCAACAAAACAUGAGGUCUUGGUUGAUUUUGAUUUUGCCAUGGAUCCUCUACAGGCUGUACAACGUGAUUGUUUCGUCUUUGAAAGUAACGAUACAAUACUGGGGCUCGCUAUACUGUGGUUAUUACGUAUUCCCUUCGCCGAAAGGCAGGUAAAUUUCAUUACGAAUCAUUACCAUAUAGAGGAUUACGUGUCUGUUCAGAGUAUUCCUCAAAAUGAUUACGGACGUCUCUUGCAUUUUGUUCUUAUGCCAAUUUUUUCCGCUUACCAUCGCUUCUUCUUCCGUGAGAUCGCACGUUUAAGCGAGUUAACGGUAAUAUUUUAUCGGCUUCAUCACAAAGAUGAGACCGUAUUGACAUGGAUAUAUCCUUUGGUAUCCUGUUUGAACGAUAUGAUUCCGGUUGAUCCUCGUAGACAAGCUGAAUAUGAAUUCCCGAUCAUUGUUCGGGAAAACUCCAAUAGUUGUGAAAAUAAUACAAAAGGUGAAAGAAAUGAUGUUGCGAACGAUGAAUUUUCUCUAUUUAUGACGUCGCCGAGAUUAGCAAUGAUGCUACGUACAAUUAUCGAUACGAGGAUCGUUGUCGUUGGAGCAUCGGACUGCGGAAUUGCUUUCGCGGAGUAUCUGGCUUUACGAUUAACGCAGCGUUAUACUCAAUUGACAAACCUUACGUUAAUAUCGCCGCAUGGUAUACCAUUUGAUAACGAAUCGAGUCGUUCAGAUUGCUGCGAGUACUUGCUUCCAUUCCGAGGAAGGUUUCACUCGGGAUAUCGUCGCUGUGUAGUCGCACAGACUUGGCUUAACAUCAUCUACGGAACUAUGGCAGCGAUCAACAGGAGGGAGAAAUAUGUGACUGUGAUGAAUCAAGGAAAUUUCGCGUACGAUUAUUUGGUUUUAACGUGCGGCUUACAGUAUCAGAACUCGACAUUAUGGGAGAAAAUGAAAAUGCAAAAGCAAAAAAGAAACAAGGUACAAGACCAAAUGCCAUGGAAUUGUCUGACCGUAAAUAACGAUACGGAAGCUUCCAUUUGCUUCAGAAAGAUUCGAUGGUUAACAGGGGAUUUCAAAGAAAAGAAAGCGAUAUUUCUUUACGGACGUAAUAUCGAUUGUUACUGUACACUUGGUGGUUUAAUCAAGCUCGGGGUAAAGUCUUCGUGGAUCACGUUGAUUGAGCCGAGCUCUUUCAAGUCCUGCAAAACGCACGAUCAAACUUUCUUUCACGAUUACGAAAUAGACAAAGUGGUGACAAAUGCCAUUUUACAAAGCGGAGUUCAAGUUUUUUCCGAAUGGACCAUGAUCGAUUGGACUUUGAUGGAAAAUGAUGAUGCAAAGUUCAUGAUCGAGAGUAUUACGAUUGAAAAAGAGGGAACUCACAUAAUUUAUACCGUUUCAGUGUUUUGUCGAGCUGGUCUCAUUUUCGAUGGUUCAUUAGUAAUAGACCCAGAAUAUCGCACCAACGAUCCGUUUAUUUUUGCCGCUGGUACCGUAACGAAAUAUUCCCGAAAAUUUUAUGCUGACGUCUGGCAGCACAAAUAUUACAAUAGCAUGGAAGUUGGAGAGAGACUCGCUCAAAUUUUAUGGAAAGUGAUCGAGUGGGACAUGCAAGUUCCCGAGCGAAUAUCAAAAAAGAAAGAGAAGAUCAUGUAUUUGACACCAUCGACAUUCCGUGCACCUAUCGUAACCACUUGCAUUCUGCCAGGUGAUUAUCAUUACUUGCAUGUACGUAAACCCGGAAAAGCAACUUGGGAUAAUACGACGAAGAUUAAUCACAACGUGAACGUAAGUCGUUGCAUUAAUGUUGAUUUUUUUCGUGUAUUAUUUGUAACCGGUUCUUGCGAAUCUGAAAUUGGAUAUUUUCGUAUCCGAUUGAAUAUGUACGACGCUGUGGAAAGUGUAACUUGCGCAAGCAAAAAGGUAAUUCCGAAACUAAUUAGACAAACAAUACUCAACAAUUGUUCUAGAGAAAUUUUAUAUGUCACGCGAUAUUCGUCUUGCGAUUCGGAACAGACGCUACUUCGUCUUAACUUUGUAACCGGUUCUUGCGAAUCUGAAAUUGGAUAUUUUCGUAUCCGAUUGAAUAUGUACGACGCUGUGGAAAGUGUAACUUGCGCAAGCAAAAAGACAUUCCGAGUGCAGGACAUGAUCGUUUUAUAUGGAAAACAUGAGAGCAUGUUAAACGAAUUGAAAUUCCGUUUUCGAAAUUCAGAAAUCUCAGAUUUCUACGCGUAUUUUCGCGAACCUUGGGCCGCGGUGAUUCUCCAUGAUAGAUUCGAUUGUCUGCGCGUCGAAAAUCGAGCUACUUUGCUGUCGCGAACGGACAUUUAUGACAAUUCUUUGGUCGACGAUUGUAUCCAUACAUUAAUCAAGUCAAAGUGGAAAACGAUAUCUGAAAAGGAUCGAAAUUACAUCGAAUCUAGAUACGCUGGCUCGGUUUAUCAUCAAGAAUUAGAGAGUAAUCUCAUGAAUUUUCUCGAGUUUUACGAGAAUGAACUACCUAUGUAUUGUACUUUGCGUAAACAGCGCCAAAUGUAUAUGGACAUUAAAGAAAGUCCGUUAUAUUUCGAUCAAUAAAACAUUUUUUGCAAAUUCUCUUGAUGAAGGUACGCGUAUGUAGAGUA